CCUUAAUGAGUUCGCCACAUUGAUGAGCCGGUCAGCGACUGCCUCAUUGAAACGAGUUCAGAUAUAAUUAUGCCCAUCUCCCGUAGUUCCAUCGUACCACCAUGAUUGCGCAUCAGGAUGACGAGGAGAUUCCUCUUCUCCAACGCCCAGAGCAGGGCAAUGGCCAAGACGCCUCUGCCAUGGCACCAAUUAUGGAUCAUAUUAGACAUUGGCGUGACCCACGGGGACGAAUCCCAGGUUGGAUACUACUACGUCAACUAUCUGAUCGCAUUGGGCGGAAGCCCUUGAUACUAACUGCUUUAUUCACGAUAGCGGUGACGAUGUUGUCGUUUGGGCUGUCAAAACUUUUCUCGGUCUGCUGGUCAGUCGCGUUAUCUGCGGGGCAUUUAAUGGCAUACAGAUAUAUGCCACUCCCAUGGAUGUCAGCAGCUGUAAUUGGAGCAUUUGCUGGGGGAUCGCUCUCCCGACCAGCAGACAGAUUCCCCGAGAUCUUUGGGCAAUCAGAACUCCUGAAAACAUUACCCAUAUCUCUUGUCAUGCGCUGUUCCAGCAUUUUUUGCCUCGACGGCUUGGCUACUCACGUGUUUCUAUCUCAAAGAGGUGAGCGUGAUUUUGAAACAUCUUAUCUGAAUCCCACUAACACUAUGCGCGGAAAACGAGAGCGUUUCUACCAGGGCACCUCCUUGGGAGCUAAUCAGAGAAUGGCUCUUGGGACAAUCAUAUACAAAGCCUUCCAUACCAUCGAGCAAUGCUCUGGACCAGUUCUGGGGAAGCAAACUCCGAAGAAGUCUCAUCAAAGCCGGUUGCAAUGCGCGCCUUGCUGACUCCUAAAGGUCCUGAUCGUAACAGCAAGUUAUGGCACCAUGAUGCUCUUGUAUACCGCACUUUACUCGAUUCUACUUCUUUUCUAUGCGACGCCGAUUGAACUCGGUGGUCUUUCCCUUGACCCUCCCCGCAUUGGUGCUAUAUUUGCGAUAUCAGGUUUUACCCAUGGCACAUUCCAGCUACUUUUCUACACUCGCUUAUAUGAUCGCUUUGGUGCAUACGCCAUUAAUGUCGCCGGUCUUGGCUCCAUCAUUCCUGUGAUAAUUUUAUUACCGGUAAUGAAUGCUCUCGCUCGAGUCCAUGGUGUGGGUUGGGCGGUGUGGUUGUUCAUUGGCGUUCAAUUUGCGCUGAUAAUUCUCUUCUCCAUGUGCGACUCUUGCAUGGCAUUUUUUAUUAGAGCAGCUGCUCCCAAUAGCGCCUCGCUUGGAGCAACCAAUGGA